AUGCCUAACCAAAUUAUACCCAAAGGUUCUCUUUAUUGGGCAGUACCAGUAACAGUUGUUGCAGCAACUGUCUAUACUUUUUCAAGACUUAAGGCUGCUUCAAUCGUACCUGUAUCACAUCCACUUGUCUUUGUUCCAUCAGGUGAGCCCUCGUUUGAUUCAGCUAAUUUGGAUCGUAUUCGAGCUGAUUGGAGGCUACGUAACAAUGGCAUUGGUUUAAGAGAUGUUAGUGAAACUCAGGCUGAAGAAAUGGGGGAAGAAAUGGAUCUCGAUGAGGAUCCUGCAUUUACUCAUGGCAAAUUGCUGUUAUUGGCUGAGGAUAAAACCAUGCCUCAAGAAAUGGAAUACGAUAUUGUUCCUGAGGAUGUACCACUUGUGCCUGAGGAUAAUGACAGUAACAUGACUCUCUAUUACAAAGCUUAUGGUUUUGAGGAUAUCAAGCAGUUCAUUCACUUUAUGCAGGAAGAGGGUGGUUCUGUUUCAAAGCCGUGA